AGCCGGCCAUUUUUCACUCCUCCGCCUCAUGCGCUCUGAUCCAGCUUCUCCUCAGCCUUCUUGCUUUUCUUCGCCUGUUACCCCAGCCAGCCCUAGCCAUCCUUUUGCGAAUUCCACAAGUCGUCUCGAAGUACUCCCUAAUAAUAUCGACGUUGAAGAGGAAUCAAGGUUAUAUGACCAGCUUUGCGAAGACAAUGACGAAAGGAGACCAGCCUCCAUCAACAUAGCACCCUCAGUAUUCUCAAGAGAAACCGCCAGUAUCUGGCUGGGAGACAACAUUGGGGAGAGCAAAGCUUUCACGCGAGAUGUGAAAAUUAGCGGCUGGACGAACGUCGGUGACAAAAUGGGCGGAGCGUAUAUCGGUGCGAUUUAUAUUGACUUCAAAGUUUUCUAUAGUUUGAUAAACACUUCACCUCCUAGUAUACGACUGUGCUAUAAAAACAAAAGAGGGCGUCACUAUUCAUGCUCACAAACGGUAUCGUUCGUUCCUCGAACUUGAAUCUGCUUUGCAUAGGACUCUUCCUCGCCAUCAACGUCGUUAUUUACCUCAGCUACCUCCAAAAGCACCGUUUGCGCGCUAUCGGCCUACUUUUCUCGAUCGUCGCCGACGUCAGUUAGAGUACUGGUUGUCUGCCGUACUGUUACACCCUGAUGUAGGGGGGUCAAAAGCCGUUAGAGUUUGGGUAAUGGACUAACGACGAUCCCCAUUUUUGAAGAUAAUCUUAUCUAUUAUCUAUGUAUCUUGUGCUAGCGCUCGGAUUUGUACUGUAUCUAUAAUGUAGCAAUUGGGUAAGUACGAAUUGAAUGUUGAACGUUGAACUCUC